CUUCAUAGUUUGCCUUAGUUAUGUCCCCAGGAACAGGAUGCAAAGAAGUCCCAGAUUUCUUCAAAGAAAAGGGGGCUAUACAAACAACAACAAAGCAGAUCUGUUUUGACCAAAACAUCUACUGGAUGUCAUCAGUUGUAACCAAAGAUGAUGCAAUACAAAAACAAACUUAUCUCAAACCAUAUGAUGAUAAUGAAGGAGGCUUGUUGGAUUGUGGUGAAAUAGAAGAUAAUUAUGACAUAGUUCUGACGAAAUCAGGGAAAUUCAUGAGCUCAUUUUAUGUUCCAUCCAGUUUGAUCUCUCACAUCAUAGGAGCAAAGGGAUCCAAGCUGCAUGGCUUGCAAAGAGCAACAAAUACUUUGAUCAAAGUACCAAAAGCCAAUGAAAAAGGAGUUGUGAAGAUAACAGGGGAUACAGAGCGAAAAGUUGCAUCAGCUCGUACACAAAUAUCAAUGAUAGUUAUGCAGAGAAAGGAAAAAUUACCAAUAACCCAUUUCAUUUCAAUACCCAUUGUAUCUGAUGGCAUCAAACAUAAACUGAAAGAAUUUCAAGAUGACAUCCUAAGUGAUCCACCUACAGGGGUAACAAGAUCAUUAUUCCAAAACCCAGAAAAACUUCAUUUAACUAUUUGUACACUCAUAUUAGUUGAUGAAGAAGAAUUAAAAGCUGCUAAACAAGUGCUAACUAGUUGUUAUGAAGAAGUAAUUGCCAACUUGUUCCAGAAGGGAACAGCUCAUAGGAUACAUUUGAAGGGCAUAGAAAUAAUGAAUGAUGAUCCAUCUAGUGUCCAAGUACUAUAUGGAAAUGUUCUUAUAGAGGAAGCAGAACAACAUGAUAAACUCCAAGUGAUAGCAGAUAAAAUCUCUGAGUACUACUAUAAAUCAGGUUUGGCCAAGAAGCAGUAUGAGAAAGUUAAAUUACAUGUAACACUAAUGAAUACAAGUUUUCAAGGUACAGAAGAGAAGCAGACUUUUGAUGCUACUGGAAUUCUUCAAAAAUACAAAAAUUACUCUUUUGGCUCAGUAGACUUCAAAGACAUUCACUUAUCUGUUAGAUUUACUGGGAAAAAUGAGUAUUAUGAUGCUGCUGCAAUUGUGAACAUUUUUUAGUAGAAUAAAGCUUCAUUCAGAUCAUCAAUUUACCUCAAACUGGUUGA